AUGAAACGAGAGUGCCUUACGUAUCUCAAGACCAUUGGGAAAAGCAAGGCACUUGUUGCUACUUUAAGCGACACUGAGCCUGAGGAUGAUUCGGACAAUGAUGACGAGGGAAUCUUGAAUGCCUUCACUAUUAUAGUUGAUCCUACUGAUGGGGGUUCAGAAACAGUAGAUGAUGAAGAGGACUUGACGGAGCAAGGCCCAGCUUCGUCUGAAGCGACACGAAUUGAGACAGUAACUCCUCCGGCUUCUUCUGUUCCAUCUACAUCCACUUCUUCUUCAUUGGUGAACACCUGUGUCUGCCGUAUUGCCCGACGACAGGCUUGCCUUGGUGGCUUCUUGGCAUCUCCCUCUCUUUCUUUAGAGCCUUCUGAGGACGAGGAUGAUGAUGGUGACUCCGAUGAUGAUGAUGAUGAUGAGGACGAGGAUAGCUCUUUCAGUGACAACGAGAUGGCUGCUUGA